AUGCCUCCCAUGAUUUUGGCGGUCGCGUUCACUGCUUUUUGUAUUCUUCUGCUGGCCCGCCUGGCCAAGAGACGUUCCGUCGCUCUUCCCCCCGGCCCUCAAGGGUGGCCCAUCAUCGGGAACGCUCUGGACUUUCCUACAUCUCACCAAUGGAAGACGUUCGCGCAGUGGGGUGACAGAUGGGGGGACAUAAUGUCCGUCAGUCUCCUCGGACGAGCGGUGGUCGUUCUCAACUCGUUCCGCCUCGCUUCCGAGAUGCUUGAGAAAAAGAGCUCCAUCUAUUCCGACCGGCCCACAUUCGUCGUGGCCGGCGAAAUGGUCGGCUGGGACCACAUUGGUUCGCAGAUUCAGUACGGCCCACGUUUGCGUGAGACCCGUCGUCUCCUCUCUCAGUUUAUGGGGAGCCGUGAGAAGGCCUUGAAGUUUGCGUCCCAUAUCGAGGCUGAGACUCACCGGUUCCUGUCACGCGUCCUGUACAACCCCGAGACAUUGGUCGCACAAAUUCGCAAGACUGCAGCGUCUACCAUCCUGAUGAUGGCGUACGGGUACACUGUGCAGGAAGUCGAGGAUCCCCUCAUUCAGGUGGCCGAAAGGGCUAUUUCGGAUGCAUCGCAAGCACUCACCCCCGCUAAUUUCUUUGUCGACAUGUUUCCGAAACUCAGACAUGUGCCACAGUGGGUCCCUGGGUUUGGUUGGAAGAAGGGGGUCGCAAAGAUGGCAGAUACGCUCACCGAAAUGCGCGAGAUGCCGUUCGAAUUUGUCAAGAAACAACUGGCCAAUGGCACAGCCGCCCACAGCUUCACUUCGAAGCAUCUUGAAGGACGCUUGAGCCCAGAAAGGGAGCAGCUAAUCAAAGAUACAGCCUCCGCGUUGUACGUAGGCGGCUCAGACACUACCGUUUCCACGAUCGCUUCGUUUUUCUUGGCUAUGAUGCGCAACCCCGAGGUGCAGAAGAGAGCACAGGCGGAAAUCGACGCGAUCAUCGGAAACGAUAGACUGCCCACUCUAGCCGACCGUAAUGAUCUGCCAUACGUCAACGCGCUCUGUUCAGAGGUCAUGCGGAUGUGCCCGUCCGCUCCGAUAGCAUUCCCUCACGUCCUAAGCGAGGACGAUAUUCACGCAGGCUAUGCGUUGCCCAAAGGGACUAUGGUGAUCGCCAACAUAUGGAAAUUCGCUCACGACCCGAGAUUGUACAGCAACCCAUGGGAGUUCAACCCUGACCGCUUCAUCGCUACGGACAAGAAGCCCGCGGAGCAAGAUCCCCAUGACAUGGUCUUCGGCUUCGGGAGGCGGAACUGCCCGGGCAUGCAUUUUGCCGACGCAGCUGUCUUCAUGACCUGUGCGAUGUCCCUCGCGGUGUUCGACAUUACCAAGCCCGUAGUCGAUGGCGUGAUCAUCGAGCCUGCCGUAGAGAUGUCGAGCGGCAUCAUCAGCCAUCCGCUGCCGUUUCAGUGCUCCAUCAAGCCCAGGUCGGCCAAGGCAGAAUCGUUGAUUCUGAACACGAACGAGCUGCAAGCAUGA